GCGGGCAAGACGGUCAAGUGCGUGUUCCUGGACGAGGACGACGAGGACGACGAGGACGACGACGAGCUGCAGCUGCGGAUCAAGCAGGAGGCGGACGAGGACGACGACGAGCCGCCGCACCAACAGCUCCUGCAGCCGCCGGGCCAGCAGCCGCCGCAGCUGCUGAGACGCUACAACGUCGCCAAAGUGCCCGCCAGCCCCACGCUGAGCAGCUCGGCCGAGUCCCCCGAGGGCGCGAGCCUGUACGACGAGGUGCGCGCCGGCGCGACCUCGGGCGCCGGGGGCGGCAGCCGCCUCUACUACAGCUUCAAGAACAUCACGAAGCAGCAGCCGCCGCCGCUCGCGCAGCCCGCGCUGUCGCCCGCGUCCUCGCGCUCCGUGUCCACCUCGUCCUCGUCCUCGUCCAGCGGCAGCAGUAGCGGCAGCGGCGGCGAGGACGCCGACGACCUGAUGUUCGACCUGAGCUUGAAUUUCUCCCAAAGCGCGCACAGCGCCAGCGAGCAGCAGCUGGGGGGCGGCGCGGCGGCCGGGAACCUGUCCCUGUCGCUGGUGGAUAAGGAUUUGGAUUCCUUCAGCGAGGGCAGCCUGGGCUCCCACUUCGAGUUCCCCGACUACUGCACGCCCGAGCUGAGCGAGAUGAUCGCGGGGGACUGGCUGGAGGCGAACUUCUCCGACCUGGUGUUCACGUAUUGAGAGGGGCGCCCCGCUUCUCGCUCUUUCUCUCCGCGGGUGCAGAGCAGGGCUCGUCGGGAGAAGUGGCGGUGGUCGUGAUGAUGAUGAUGAUGAUGGUGGUGGUGUCGAUGGUGGGGAUGGUGGUGGUGGUAGGGGUGGAGGGGAGACACGAAUAUGCCGAUCUCGAUACGAUGUCGUGACACAAAGGAAUUGGAAAAGAUGAUGAAAAUUUUGGUGGAGUUAAAGUGAAAUUAGUAGUUUUAAAACAUUUUUUUCCUGUCCCUUUCUUUUUCUUUUUUUUUUUCUCCCCUCUUUUCCUUUAUCGUGUCUCAAGGUAGUUGCAUACCUAGUCUGGAGUUGUGAUCCCCCCCCCCCCAAAUGUGUUUUUGUAAUUACUAUUUCUUUUUCUUGAAAUUCGUGAUUGCAACAAAGGCGGA